UGUUAAUCAAUGCCGUUACAUAUCUACAAACAUACGUAUAUACAUAUAAUAGUUUAGCGUGCAACGCGCUUUUAGUCACUCGCUGUCGUCUCUUCCGUAAAUACAUACCUGGAGGUCUGAAUGUGAGAAGUUUAGUCACCAAAUAUGGCGUCAUCGAUUGGACAGUUAAAAGAUCAAUCCAUAAGCCUUGUGAUACAAAACUUUGCACAGGUGAUCAAUAGCACAGAGUUUCUCGACUACACACCGGAAAUACUACAACAAAUUGUAAGUGCCGAUGAACUGAAUAUCGAUUGUGAAGUGGAUGUCUUUCAGGCGCUUAUGCGUUGGUACGAGCAUGAUAAAGAAACUCGCAGAAAAGAUCUUUCCCAGCUCAUAACCGCGCUGAAACUCGGUCAAUUUGAUGCCGCAUUCAUAACAAAGUACAUAAAACCUCUGCUAAAUGGCGACCAAGUAGCAACCGAAGCAUUGUCAUUGCUGAGCGUAUCGAACGAUACCGAUAGUCGGUUAAUGCCCGAUUAUUUAAAGGCGCGGAAAGAGCGGAAAUGCCGGCUGCUGAUUUUGAAUGAUGUAAAAAAGCUCAAACCCACGCUGCGUUUCAACAUGUCGCUCAACAAAUGGCAGACGUGCUUUGAAUUUAGAUUUAUCGAUUACAGUUAUGCUGUCUUUUAUCACAAUAACUCGCUGCUAUUCGUUGGUGGCCGCACUCGAGGCACUCAGCGGAAUAACACCAUUAAAUGCCUUGAUUUGCAAACCUUUGAGUGGCAGCAAAUGUCGGCGAUGUCUCAACGUCGUGAUGACUUGUGCGCGGUGCUGCUGGGCGGGAACAUUUACGCUUUCGGCGGACACGAUGGCGAUGAACCCUUUGAUACAGCGGAAAUGUACGAUAUAGCGACGAAUCAAUGGCACCUACUGCCCGCUAUGGCCCAUCACAGAUACGGCGCAGGUGCCACCGUUUACGAUGGCAAAAUUUACAUAUUCGGUGGUCUGAGCAUAGACUGUCGGCCACUAAGUGCAGUGGAAUGCUAUGAUCCGCUUACAAAUACUUGGAUAAGUUGCUGUGAUAUGCAUGGAGCACGUGGUUGGCCGGGCGUUACAGUAUUAGAUGGUUUGAUAUACAUUAUUGGUGGUUACAACGAAGGCUAUGUAGCUACUGCCGAGUGUUUCGAUCCACAGCUAAAUACUUGGAGAGAGAUUGCACCGUUAAAUGUUGCACGCUUCGGUAUAUAUGCCAUCGUAGUUGACAACCGAAUACGGGCUCUGGGCGGACACGAUGUGUACACGGUCGAGGAAUAUGAUAGGGAGAAUGACAAGUGGAUUGAAAAAACACCGUUACCUGUUUAUGGUAUAUUCAGCUGUGUGGAAGUGCCAAACCAUAUAGUAAAUAAGUUGCAAUCGCGUUAUUCUGCCAAAGAGAAUAAUUAGAAAAUAAAUAUAAAUAAUAAAAUAUGGAUUAAUAAAUAAAAUAAUAUGUUAAUAUAAAUAUACUGGUAAGCCAAAACAGAAA